AUUGUUGUACAUUGGGAAACCCAGAUGGGAAUGGAUGUUGCUGACCCGCCAUAUUAUUUUAGUUUUAUCGCUAUCUCACAUUCAUUAAUAUACGAUGAUAUAGGAAGAAUCGAUCAUCAGGAUCAGCGAACUUUGAGUUUGUAGUGUCGCAACAUGAGGGCAGUAGCUUUCAAUCUUCAGGAUCAAGGAUGAUCUCGUCGUACCUAGUUUACAAUGCAUAUUUGUUUACUAAACAACAACCGUAUGACGUACAAACAGGUGUAUUUUAAUAAUAAAAUAAUACAUCGUACCUUCCGUGCCCGUAUUCAGUCCUGGAUUAUGUUUUUAUUAUUUUAGAAUAAGUGUCAUAAGCAAUAUUAUAGUAGGUGUGCUUAUGAAGGGGGCUCCACCAAAAUUAAUGCUCGAAGAAAUCAUGAAUGAAAGUUGAUUUCUUUUUCAUUCGAAGAGCUCAGUUAUUAUCAAAAAUACUGACUGGAUUAAAACUUACAUUUCUUUUUUUUUUUAUUUAAAGUUCGUAUAAAUAAAUAUAAAAUCGCACAUUUCGCGCAGUUUUAUAUUUUUCCCGUGCGUGGUCAGAAUGAAAACUCGUUGAUACAUACUUAGCAGCAACAAAACAUCCCUCGAAACAAAGGAUCAAAGUCGAAGUGAAAUUCUUUGAAAGAUAGGUCAGAAUUUGACGGUGUUUGUGCGAUGUCUACACAGGAGAUAAGGUCAGCGCACACGAAAUGAACGAGAGUGUAGACCAGUGAUUCUUAACCACUAUGUCGUAGCAUACCACUGUCCCAGGAAGUCAUCCACACUGCCCUGUAAAUGUUUGUCGACAGAUCCAAUGAUUCUUUUCUUUCUUUUUUCUUUUUAUUAAUUUUAUGUCUUUUUUUUAAACUGUACAUAGCUAAAUAAAUUAAGGAUGUUCUAAGAAGCUAUACAGUGAGGGGAAAAAAUAAAAAAAAAAUGUACCUUUGACCUGUAUAGCGAAGCAAAAAGAUCAAGAAUUUUCUUUUAAGUUUUACAAGUAAGCUAAACAAAAAUUAAGAAUAUUCCUAUAAGGUGUAUAGCGAGGAAAAAGAUCAAAAACCUACUUUUAAACUGUACAGUAAGGUAAACAAAUCAAGGAUCUUCCUACGAGCUGCACAGUUAGGUGAACAAAUAAAAAGCCUUCUUUUAAGCUGUCCCUUAAGAAUCUUCUUCGAACCACUGCCACAAGCUUUAGGAAUCCUAUACCGGGAGUAUAAAAAAGGUUAAGAACCACUGGUGUGAACGCAACGGGCCAAUCUUCUGUCUCCCGUGCACCUUGCUUGCCUGCUCGCUCACAGGAACAUUUCUUUCUUCCGACACAGAGUCAGUGUCCACCGCGCUGUCACAUGGGCUAUAUGGUCGCGCUGAAAAACGACGUCAAAAUGCUUCGAGGACGAUCGAUCCUCUUUGUGCUGUUCACAAACGUUAUUCUCUCUAUCGAGGGUAGAACCAUACAAAACGGGGCUCCCAAGUUCGAUAGCAGUACCCUGAAGAGCCUAGGAGAUCUAGAUCGAUCGGUGGACGAAAGUAUGGACGGCGAAAUAAUCGAGGAUCCACCCUUGAAGAGGGAAGCUGUAAGCAGCCAUCAUCGUGAAGAAUCCAGCGCGAAGAAACCUAAGAAGAGGAGCGACAACUCGUGUCCUUACGGAAACAAAGACAUGUGCUUAAUAUUUUCUCUGUCCAAAAUCGCCAACGUUCAAAUCGCUGUUCCCGAUCAGAGAUCGUCGGAUCGAAGUCUGAUGGCGAAAAUGUUCGACGCGUCAUCGAAAAGCAGCGGAAGAUACGAAGAAGAGAAACCUCGACAUCUUUCAAAGGAACGAAUGGAUCCACCCAACGUCCAUUGCGGAGCGAUUCGCGACGUCUACAUACCGGAAGUCAAGCAAUACCUGCCAGCCUUCGCGUGCACGUUUGGAAAUAAUACGUUCGUUCUGUCCAGCGCGAGAUUCCUUCAAGAUCGACGGCGAUAUUUGAGUAUAAGCGUGAAUGAAAACACCCUGGAAAAUAUCAAAUUCGCGCCGAAGAUUUCCAGGAGCAACGAGGCGAACGUGAUACCUGCUCUGCUGGUUUUGAAUGGCGCCAACAACGAUUACAGGAUAGAGACGCGUGAAACUGGCAACGGAAUGUCGAUCAGAGGAAGAAAUUGAUAAGAAAGUAACAAACGAGUAGUCGUGUUCCGUGGACGGUUCGAACACCCGAUGAUAACUUCGAAUUCUCUAUCUUCUGUCGAGUGAACUACACGUAUACGCGAAACGUCAUUUCUACGCCUUUGUAAUGUUUGUUACGAAAUAAAUCAGUUUUAUCGAUUUUACGAAAUUUAAAGUUG